AUGGUGAUCGGACUCCUAGCGCUCACGUCGAUUCCGACGGUGACAGGCGUGGCAAUGGGAGUGAGCGAACAGCGCAAAGCGAACCAACGGAAAGAAGACGCGCGACGCAUGGUGAAGUUCUACCUAGAUGCCGAGUGCGAGGGCGACACAGAUGAUGACCGGGAGGUGCAGGGGAAGAGGGUAGUAGUGAGGAAUGACAAAGUCUACCUCGACGACCCCCUCCCCUCAAACCGCACCAUCCCCUCCUUCACAGCCCUCUCCUUCUACGUCGAGUACCCCGAGCCCGAAGAAACCAAACACCUCACCCGCGGCCUCGGCUUACCAACACACGUCUCAGCGGACCCGCCACUCCUGAACUGGGUGUACGCCGACACGGCCACGCACGAGCUGCGGUACGGGAACCGGUCGCAGAGCGUGACGCAUGUGGUUGGGCCGUGGGACUGGAGCGACGACGAGCGGGUGGUGCUGCUGGAGGAGAAGAGCGGGUUUGUUGCUGUGGAAGAGGAGGAGGGCGUGUGGGCGCUGUACUUCGAUCGUAAUGGCGAUGAGUUGGCGCGGGUGUUGGAGGAGCGGGGGAUGUUGGGGUGUGCUUUUGUGCCUGUUUCGCUUGUGAGGGUUGUUGAGGAGAAACCGCCCCAGAAUCAGGCUCAGGCUCAGGCUCAAGAGUAG